AUGGUACAAUAUCAGGCCACAUGUUCGGUUCCAUUAUGUACCAAUAGUUUUACAUGGCCGGUAAGUUCUGGUAGCGGUUGUUCUUCAAUCCCAACGUGUUACAAAUUACGUACUUCAACAAAUGGAACUAUAUGUGUACCGCAAGGAACAUGCCGUUUAUUCGAUGCAUGCAUCAAUGGCACACGUUGUGCAUCGAAUUUAACGACAUGUGUUGUUAAUAGUUGUUGUCCAGUACCUAUUUGUAUGCCAUUAGCAUUGGCUAAUCUUUGCGAUCAAUCUACUUCAACGGGCAUAGGUUCCGCAACACAAACUCGUCUAUGUCCGAAUGCUACAUGGAAUCAAAAUUAUAUAACACUCUUCAAUUCAACGAGCUAUAUGUACUACAAUAUGAUAGUUGAUUAUUUCGUAGAUGCCAGCGGUAGUAUCUAUGUUGCGAAUAGCUCGGCGAAUCAUAUCAUUAAAUAUAAACCAGGAGGUUUGGAUGUAGCCUUUUUUAUGGGUAGUGGUAGUUUUAGUUCAUACACAUUUCAACGCAUGACUGUUGACACGAAUGGCACCGUUUAUACGUGUGAAUAUCGAACUGAUUCAAGUGUGUACCCAUCUACAACAUACUAUCGAAUUCAAAAAUAUGAUUCGAAUAGUUCAUUAUUCGGUACGACUAUCUUUGGAGAAACUGCUUGCGGCACACCACCAUAUGGAUUUUGUGGUUGUGCUGAUCUAUUUAUUGAUCGGAGAAAUGCGAUCUAUUGUUCAGAUUCAUUGUAUCACAUUGUUAUCAAUAUAACACCAACUGAUCCUCAAGUAAGAGUGAUAGCGGGCACAACAAAUUCAUCAGGAUCACAAUUGGAUCAACUCAACAGUCCUCAAGGAAUCUUCAUUGACACCAAUCGUACUUUAUUUGUUGUAGAUUCAGGAAACAAGUAA